AUGGCCGCUACUGUCCCGCGCUAUCGUUGCCUCAACGGUCGCCAAUGGUCUUCACCAUUCAAAGUAUUCCUCCCGCAGGCUAUACCGUCGACAUCGCGAUCAUUCGCCACCACCACUGAUGACAUCCCGACGCCCAACUCGCGUGUCCAACCCACCACCUUCGCUGACAAGCUCAACGCCGGCCCUUCGUUCUCAGACUUUGUCUCUGGCAAAGAACCACCUCUACAACCAUCCGAAGCGUAUGAACUGAAGACCGCACUCGUGGGCCCAAAGGGCAAACAGAAAAGAAUCACCCGCCUGCCAGAGUGGCUCAAGACACCUAUCCCAGACACGUCGUCAUACAAGAAGAUCAAGAACGACUUGCGCGGCCUGAAUUUACACACGGUGUGUGAAGAGGCGCGAUGUCCGAAUAUUUCAGAUUGCUGGGGCGGGAGUCGCAAAUCAGCGGCGACCGCAACGAUCAUGCUGAUGGGCGAUACCUGUACGAGGGGAUGCCGAUUUUGCAGCGUCAAAACAUCCAAGGCGCCGCCGCCGUUGGAUCCGCAUGAGCCGGAACAUACCGCGGAAGCGCUGUCGCGAUGGGGAUUAGGGUACGUGGUCCUGACCAGUGUUGAUCGGGAUGAUCUGGCCGAUGGCGGGGCACAUCACUUCGCGGAGACGGUGCGGAAGAUCAAGUCCAAGGCGCCUGCGAUCUUGGUCGAGUGCCUGACGGGCGACUACGCGGGAGAUCUGGAAAUGGUCAAACUGGUCGCGACGUCCGGAUUGGACGUGUAUGCGCACAAUGUCGAGACGGUCGAGGCGCUGACUCCGCAAGUCCGCGACCGGCGCGCCACGUUCCGCCAAUCGCUCAGUGUGUUGAAGGCCGCAAAAGCCGCAAAGCCUGGUCUCAUCACAAAGACGUCAAUCAUGCUCGGGCUGGGCGAGACGGAAGAGCAAAUCUUCGAGGCCUUACGGGAACUCCGUGCCAUCGACGUCGAUGUGGUCACCUUUGGACAGUACAUGCGUCCCACGAAGAGGCACAUGCCGGUCCACGAAUAUGUUACGCCGGAUGUGUUCGAGCAGUGGCGAGUACGGGCGCUGGAGAUGGGGUUCCUAUACGUGGCGAGUGGCCCGUUGGUAAGGAGCAGCUAUAAGGCCGGAGAGGCUUUUAUCGAGAACGUGUUGAAGAAGAGAAGGGCUGGACGUGGGGAGACCGCGAAUGCGGAUCUGGCGAGGGAGAUUGACGGGAAGGGUUUCGAGAGUGGGAGUUUGUGA